UCUGAUUCGGUUCGGGUUACACCCCCACGCCCUACUUCCUCUCCCGACUGUCGUAAGAGAUUAUCGGUUCUAUAACUUCAUAAGUGAUCGACGUUUACAAGCUGAAGAAUUCAAGAAUAAAAUGAAACAAGGCGGUUCAGAAAUUCGCUAUUAGGCGGCGGUUCAGAUAAUUCCGGCGACCCAAUAUGCCUUAUAUACUCAGCACAAACUUCCUCAACACCCUAAACAAUAGCAACAAAAAACUCUAUUUAACCCUAAUUAAAUUAUCUUCCGUGCAUAAUCACUGCUGUUAUUGCUCUUCACUCGCAACUAAAACGACCCCAACUCACAAUAAUCAUCUCCAAAACGACACUGAAACUGAUUCUUCUCCAGUUUGUGAUAAUUUUUUCAAUUCAGGCGCCAAAAUGGGCUCAUUCAAGGUUGGUGAUUCAACAUUUUAUUCACUCAUUGAAAACUAUGCAAAUUCCAGUGAUUUUAGCUCGUUAGACAGGGUUUUAACACGAAUGAAGCUCGAAAAACGGGUUUUUUUAGAGAAGAGUUUUAUCUUAAUGUUUAAAGCUUACGGUAAAGCUCAUUUACCUGAUAAAGCUAUUGAGUUGUUUUAUAGAAUGAAUUAUGAGUUUCGUUGUAGAGCUACUGUUAAGUCUUUUAACUCUGUUCUUAAUGUAACUAUACAAACUGGAUUAUAUGAUCGCGCUUUGGAGUUUUAUAAUUCUGUUAUAUUGGGUUGUAAAGAUAUAAAUAUAGUGCCUAAUGUGCUUAGUUUUAAUUUGAUUAUUAAAUGUAUGUGUAAGUUGGGAUUGGUUGAUAAUGCAAUUGAGGUGUUUAGAGAAAUGCCGGUUAGGAAAUGUGUACCGGAUGCUUAUACUUAUUGUACAUUGAUGGACGGGCUUUGUAAAGUUGAUAGAAUUGAUGAGGCGGUUUCUUUGCUAGAUGAGAUGCAAAUUGAGGGGUGUUUUCCUAAUCCGGUUACUUUUAAUGUGUUGAUCAAUGGGUUGUGUAGAAAGGGUGACUUUUCGCGGGUUGCUAAGCUUGUUGAUAACAUGUUUCUUAAGGGUUGUGUUCCUAAUGAAGUGACGUAUAACACCCUUAUACAUGGCUUAUUGUUGAAGGGGAAGUUGGAUAAGGCUCUUAAUCUUUUGGAUCGAAUGGUGUUGAGUAAAUGUGUGCCUAAUGAAGUCACGUACGGGACGAUUAUUAAUGGACUUGUUAAGCAAGGAAGAGUUGUAGAUGGCGCUCGUCUUCUUGUUUUGAUGGAAGAAAGAGGGAUUCGUGUUAAUGAAUAUGUUUGUUCGGUUCUAGUUAGUGGGCUAUUUAAGGAGGGGAAGUCCGAGGAGGCAAUGCAAUUGUUCAAGGAAUCAAUAGAUAAAGGAUGCAAAAUUAACACUAUUGUAUAUAGUGCGCUUAUACACGGCUUAUGUCAAGAUAGAAAGCCAGAUAAAGCAAUGGAAAUUCUUUUGGAAAUGACUGGUAAGGGUUGCACACCGAAUGCAUUCACUUAUAGCUCAUUAAUGAAGGGAUUCUUUGAAGUGGGUAACAGCCAUAAAGCAGUUGAGGUGUGGAAGAACAUGGCAACAACUAUUUGUGUACAGAAUGAAGUUUGUUAUAGUGUACUCGUUGAUGGCCUAUAUAAGGAUGGGAACGCCAAGGAGGCUAUGAUGGUCUGGACAAAAAUGUUGGCGACUGGACAAAGGCCUGAUGUUGUGGCUUACAGUUUAAUGAUUCAUGGCCUCUGCAAUGCAGGUUUAGUAGAAGAGGCUUUAAAACUCUACAACGAGAUGCUAUGUUUGGAACCUGAUUCCCAACCAGAUGUUAUUACAUAUAACAUACUCUUUAAUGCUUUAUGCAACCAGAAUAGAGUUUCUCGUGCUGUAGAUCUUCUAAAUAGUAUGCUAGAUCGGGGAUGCGACCCUGACUUAACUACAUGCAAUGUAUUUCUUAGAAUGUUGAGAGAAAAGGUAGAUCCACCUCAAGAUGGGGCAGAGUUUCUGGACGAGCUAGUAAUUCGUCUAUCAAAGAUGCAAAGAACUAUAGGUGCUUCCAAGAUUGUAGAAGUGAUGUUACAGAAGUUUUUAUCACCAAAAGCCUCUACUUGGGCACAAAUCAUUCAAGAACUAUGUAAUCCUAAGAAAAUUCAAGCAGUCAUUGACAAGUGCUGGAGUAACCUAUAUUGCUGAUUAUUUAGCAUGUUUCCUGAAUCAACGCAUGAAACAUUUUCAACCAUUCUAUUUCAGAAUUGUAGGGCUCAUCCGAGGCUGGAAAAGGCAAAACUUUUAGAAACAAAUUUUACAAUUUUCCAUAUGCUGCAAGGCAUGUUAGAUACCAUCACAUUACUGGUCAUGUAUCACACAGUUAGAGAAUUUUUGUGAUUAUGUGGUGAUAAGAUUUUAGCAUGUAUUGCAUCAGAAAUUACCGAUUUUGCCGGCAGACACGUCCAAGUUACCGUCGCUUCUUCUGGGAAGAAGGUGUUUCUUAGAGAAGAUGACGAGGAAGAACAUGGCAGAAUGGAUGAUAUGACUAAAUUAACAAAUUUGCAUGAGGCCGGAGUGCUUUUCAAUCUUGAGAGAAGAUAUACUCUUAAUGAUAUUUAUAUCUAAGCUGUUAAUCUGUUCACCAAGCUCCCACAUCUUUACAAUGUGCAUAUGAUGGAACAAUACAAGGGAGCACCAUUUGGUGAGCUAAGCCAAACACAUUUUUGCUGUGGGAGUGGCAGAUGCAUCAUAUGGAGCAAUGACGAGUGAAGGCAGAAGCCAACCCAUACUAUUCAGUGGAGAAAGUAGGGCUGGGAAAACUGAGACAACUAAGUUGAUCAUUACUGGCCACUGGAGAAAGUGGGGCUGGGAAAACUGAGACAACAAAAUUGAUUGUGCAGUAUCUAACUUAUGUUGGUGGUCGGGCUGCUGGUGAUGAUAGAACAGUCGGGCAACAAAUUCUUGAAGUAAGACAUGGGAUUUUUUCUUUUGUUUUUUCCCCUCAGCGUUACCAUAUUGUGCUAGUUUGGUAGCAUCCAUCUCUGACGUAAGAGGUUGGUAGGAUAUACUUGGCUAAUGAUAUUUUUUUGUUCAUACACGUGUUUAAGUGUGUAUGCAGGUCGCAUAUUUAUCAGCUUACUCUUUUUUUCUAGAACCCGGUUGCAAGGAAAGCAUAUUUAGGUUCCGAUUCUAAACUAAACUUUUUUUUUGCUGAAGGUAUAAUGAGUUGUGUUUAUAGAGAUUUUCCAGGGAUGACUUGCUUAGCUUUUGAGCAUCCAUAUGAUAUUUGUGACGAAGUAGUUUGCAAAAUUCAUGUUAUAUUUUUACAUUUAGAUAUUGCUUAAGCACAUUUGUCUCAUAAAAGGAUUAUUCUGAUUCAUACUUUUAUGUAAUCAAGUCAAAUCCUCUGUUGGAGGCAUUUGGUGAUGCAAGGACUGUUAGCCAUGACAACUCAAGAUAGGUUACUCUUAUUUUCAAAAUGUAAUUGAUUUAUUUUUCUAGCUAUAACUCUAUAUAUGCUCCUAGUUUUAAACUUUUCAUGCA